UUUAGAAUAUAGAACAUAAACAUUCAUGUGGUUAUAUAUUAUUUUGUUGUGUGUGAACGCAUUGUCAGUCUGCAAGUGCAAAGUUCAGAUGGUUAUUUGUUGAAGUUACAAAGAAGGUGUUGCGAUAUUGCUGUGUCCGCAGGCGCAAAGGCAAAACAUAAUGUUCAUUUUGACAUUGGCAAUUUUUCUAAUAAAUUUUCAAACACUGGAUGCAUGUCCGGCGCUAUGUAAUUGUCAUGACCAAGCAGUGUAUUGCAAUGUACAAAAGGUCUUAACAAAAGAAGAUAUUGAAAUAAUUGGACCGAAGAUACCGUUGAACACGAUAGCAUUAACCAUUAAUCAAUACGCAUCAGAGGAUCUUUCACUCAAAGCUUUUCCUGUUCUACCUUUGUUAAAAGAACUGAAUAUAGGCUAUAGUAAUUUAUCAAAAGUUCCGAAUGAAUUGUCAAGAAAGUUGCCUGCCUUAUCGAGUUUAACGUUACGUCGGAACAAAAUAACAAGGGUUAGUGGAAAAGAUUUUCUCGGACUUCGUAACUUAAAAGAUUUACGAAUCUUUCAAAACCCGUUAGAGGAAGUUAGUGUUGAUACUUUUUCAGAUUUACUGAAUCUAACCUAUAUAGAUUUGCAAGGCAAUCGCCUCACUUCACUUGAUGUCAGAACUUUUGCAGGUCUUGAAAAAUUAACCAUAAUAGAUCUCACUAAAAACCUCAUACAAAGCAUUCCAGAAUACACAUUUUCCAGUCAAAAAUCGCUAGUUGAAUUACGUUUGGAAAACAACAAAAUUAAAAAAUUGUUUCCGACGUCCUUCGCUGGCCUUUCAAAGCUAAGUGUGCUGUAUUUAAAUAGAAAUGAAAUUAACAAGUUACCCCAUGGUUUGUUUAAUGUAUUUGACAACUCAAAAUUGAUCUUUUACAUGAAUCAUAAUAAGAUCGAAAAAGUACCAAAUGAAUUGUUUAGAGAUGGUCAAGUGAUAAACAUAUUCGGAAUAGCAAACAACAAGUUAUCAGAUAUUGCAGAUAAAGCUUUUGCAGAAACAACUUUUACCACUGGCUUAGACUUAUCCAGUAACAACAUUAAAUCAAUUCCCCCGAAUGCAUUCAGAAGAACGUCAAUUAGUAUAUUAGCAUUGGCGAACAAUCCCUUAAAUUGCAAUUGCGACUUUUACAAACUAUUAGACGUAAUUCAACAAGGCAAUAAAGCCACGAAUUUUAUGGGUUCUUGCCAUUUACCAACAUCACUGGCGGGUCUAUCUAUUAGCAAUUCUUCCGCUAUAAAGGAAAGUCAGUGUACCAUAUGUGAUUUCAACUCAACGUGUUUAAAUAGUGCUCACUGUGUUCCGCUCGGCGGAAAGUCUUUUACUUGUAAAUGUUUAGAUGGAUACAAAGGUGAUAUAUGCCAGACGAAGAUGAAGAGAAAUGGACAAAAAGAGUUGGUGUUCCCCUUGGUUGGUGCCUUUCUAGCAUUGAUUUUUGUUAUUGCAAUUAUUUUUUGCAUUCAUUGGUAUAUGCGGCGUUCACUUGUUGGCAACAGGUUGCAAAAGGAGUAUUCAUCAAUCAACACAUAAAUUAAUAUCUGAUUUGCAACAUUCUUUAUUGUACUUUUAAAUUUUCUUUAAUCAUAUAUAUUUCAAUAUUUUUUAUUAACAUGUUGAAUUAAUGUGAUUGACUCAAAUAAUUAACUGAGAAUGCACUCCCGUAUAAUUCAUUUCUUCUUUUUUAAAUAGAACUUACCAAGUAGAAUUAUUACUAAUUUAGUAAAUUAUUUAGGGUACAACAAAUAAAAGUUCGUGAUUUAAUCCACUUGUGUUAAAUUUGAAUUCUUUUCCAAUCAACUUGUAUAAGUCAUCCCAAAGAAUAAUGGAAGCAUAUAUCGUUUCUUAUAUGGCCACACCAAUGUUAUAAGGAUAGAAAAACUAAAGAAAUUCAUAGCCUGUCAGUUGUAACAAAUCCUGCUACGAUGUGGUGUUAGAAAUAAAACAGUAUUAAUAAUGGCUAUCUGUAUUGGA